ACUUCGACGGAGAAAGAACACCUAUCGGAGCCAUGUUAGCGGUUAAAGAAGAGCGUACCGUCAUAGGAGGCGUUGAACUGGCGAGAAAGACAGUAUUAGCUCCUGAUGAGCAAGGGUAGGUCUCUAAUCUCCGCAAAAGGCUUCCAGAUCUAUAGGAACGAGAGGUUUGUCUCAGAGUAUAAAUUGAGUUGUCGCGGAGCUCUUUUUGUUGGUCUUCUGUUCUGCUGAAAAGCGUCCAAAAUUUCAUAUUUUAAAAUUAUGAUCAGCCUUUUUAGUCUAACAUGAUAAUAAAUAUUGAUUCCGAAACUAGCGGUUUUGUGCGCGCGAAGCUUGUGUACAGACGUCCCCCCUCCCUCAGGAAAAAUCGGGAGAGGAGACGUCUGUGAAUCGCCGACGAUAAUCGUGUUCCCCUGAUUGGUUGUAAUGUUAAUGCCGUGACGCAAAUAAUUUCCAGUGUUGUGAUUGGUGAAUGAACCUCAGAAUACAUUCCCCGGGGAAAAGCUCAGCCUUUGUGGACAUUCAUAUUUGUUUACCGGUAUUUGUAUUUCGGCUCUCUCGAAAAGGCAUGAGAAGGCAUGAGAAGUGUUAAGACCACUGAUGUUUGCUGCACCGGUUGCGGGUGCGUCUGUCUGUACCGGUCGGUAUUGUAAAUAAAAGAGAAGGCAUACAAAAUCCAACGUAAACAACCAAGGCAGGUCAAGCCUACCCCAAAAAGAUUCUAUUAAUGAAUUGAUUACUUGAAAAAAUGAAUCCGUUAGUCGUUCCCAUAACUGGUGUCAAAUUUAAAUCGGCAUUCCUGUAUGCGUAAUGAGCAGUGAAUAUUUUAAGAGAACUUCUCUGCAUUUGGUUAGAUUUAAAAUCUUUGAAUGGAUUAAAUAUAUUAGAAGACUGAGUUACAUCAAAUUCAGGGAAACUGAGCUGGUAGAAAUUUCGUAACUGAAUCGCGUGCGAAUUCACGGCUCAUUACGCAUGCAAGAAUGCACGCAGAGAUGAAUCUGAGAUCUGCAACUACCAACGGUUCAACUUUCGAAUAAUAAAUACAUUAAUGGAAUCUUGGGAGGUACGCUUGACCUGGCUUGACUGUAAUCAGAGAUCUUAUAUCUGGAUUUUUGGGUGGACAUUGCGUGAAGAUGUUCGGCUAGCCUGUGCAUAGACGCCAGAACCAUUUUUCGACCUACACGUGCCUUUUCAACUGUCAGCGAAAAAACAAAAAAAUAAUGUAUGCAAAUGUAUACCGGAACACGAUUAACGACGGCGAUUCACGGACGAUCUCCUCUCCCGAUUUUUCCUGAGGGAGGGGGGACGUCUGUACACAGGCUAUGCGCGCGGUGACUGAAUUCGAGCGAGGAACGCGAAAGUACUGUUAGCUCGUGAAUUGAUUCAUCGACUAAUCGCUUGAAAAUGCGAGCAACGAAAAACUAUCCCCACCUCUCCCUUUGUCAAUCUAUUUUUUAUAAAAAGGAAACAAAAUAACGUGAAGAUGUAGUACAUUUUAGUCUUUUAAUAGCUUAUAUUGAGAUCAACAAUUCGUGAUAGAAGACCUACUUAGUAAUUUCAGAAGCUGUGUUCUCGCGAACUUCAGCUAUGACGCCCAAUGGAAGGUCAAUCAGCGACAGACUAAGCUCAUUUUCGUAUAUGUACACUUUUUACACAAUUAAUCAUCUGUUUGGAGUAAGCAAUGCUUAUAUAAGCUUUCGACCCAAUGCAGUCAUUUCUCUAUUUGUUUUGAGGCCGCUAUAUAAAAAAGACGAUUGUGUUUUUUGUGGUCAAGAAACCAUUAAGUGAUUUUCUUAUAACCAAUUCAGCACUCCUGUCUUAUCACUGAAUAAAAUCUUGGUUAGGUUAGUUUGGUUUGUGCGUGUCUUAAAUCACGCAACGUGUAUUUUUCCGGAAUAAUUUGAAAACGCACUUUCGACUUCGUUGCUUUAGGAAAAAAAAACCCUCAUAUAUUCUUAUUUUGAAACCUUAUUAAGAUCAACGGCCCUUUUUGGUCCGCAUGCCAUGUUAUUGAGCUAUGGUUCAAUGCUAUCACGUUCUUACGUUCUUGAUAAUCGUCAUAAAUAUAGAAAAUUAAAACAAUAUUUCUGUCCAAAGAUAUACCUUCAGCUGAUAUAUAUUGCUUUGAUUCUCUAUAUUUGGAAUGGUUGCCAUGAACAUAUCGCCGCGUUAGUGAUUUAUGAGACAAAAAAGUAUUGUUGGGAAUUGCCGGCUCCACGUUAAGUUAAAAGUAUUUCAAACCUCACUCAACCACAUCUAACAUAGGCAACCAACUUGAAGGCGACAACGUGUUCAAAGGCACGCCACAUGUUGGGCCCAAAAAUGUUGGACGUUGUUGGCCAGCAAGUUUGCAACGCCCCCUUUGGGAAGUUUUCACAUUUUUCUGGCUACCCAUGUCUAUCCCUUUUUUUCAUACCAAAAAUAAUAUUAUGAGUUAUAAUAUAAGUUCCAGUUCAAUCGAUCAUUACAAGAAGACUGUAGCUAUUCCUCUUCUUGACUGCUUAAUCAUCCAAAUGCAAGAUCGAUUUUUGGCGAAGAUCGCCGCGCCCGCAAUUUGCUUUGUCUAGUGCCAUCGAUUAUAGUGAAUAAGGCACUGCAGCUGGAUGAUGAAGUAGAAGGCAUGCUGUUCUGGGAGAAAGACAAUCCAUUUCCCAAAUCCCUUGGAAUUGAGGUACUUAGAUGGAAAACACUCUGGUAGUCAACAGAUAGGGAGCUUCCAAACAACCUUUUAUUAGCACUUGGUGCUUGCGAUGAAGAUACUUUCCCAAACAUCUAUCGUCUUCUGGUCAUUGCCUGCACCCUAUUGAUCACAAACGCAGAAGCUAAGCGAUCGUUUUCACUGAUGAAAUGAAUCAAGACCUGCUCUAGGUCAACAAUGCCCAAAGAGCGAUUCUCUGACCUCGCAGUGAUCGCCACGCACUACCUCCAGAGAUUCGAGGUAGAGGUAGACGAGAUAUACCAGCAAGCCUUUGUAAAAGUUCAUCCAAGAAGGCCCUUUCAAGAUAGUCUGUUUGAUUAAAUAGGCGGGUAGGCAAGAGACAAACAACUAUCGUUGUUGCACUGUACUCUUAGUCCUUAAUCCCAUGAUUGUGUCCCAAAUUUGACAAAUUUAUUCCUCUGAAGUUAAAAUGAAGAAAAUCUACAUAUUCAAACAUUAUCCACCCCUCCCCCUCCCCCAUUUCUUUGGCCCUGGGACGUUUGCCUUGAACUCUCAUACUUACUUGUAAUAGUUGACACUACAGCUGUCCCCGCUCUGUAUAUUGUCGGUCAAUAGUAUUCUUGCUCGUUGUGUAGCUCUUUGAAAUAUACCGAUUCAUAAUGAAGAUUUUCACACAUAUUCCUUACAAUAGGUGAGAUAAAUACAGGAAACGCUACGUUCCAUGCACAGUUUCAGUUCGAUUUACAUAGCUUUGAUCAAAACAUUCUCAGUUUCGAGAAUAUUUUAUUCUAAACCAUAAGAAAAGAUUUAAUUAGAAGUUGAAUUUUUCGCUAUUUCUCUUUCACUGUUUACAUUCAGUUCAUUUUAUUUGCCGGAAAGUAAUUAAAAGGACGUUUGAACAAUUCACGCUCACGCAUUCUAGUCUUAUUUUAAACUUUACAGCGGAAGGACAUCUGUGAGCAGGGAAUAAGUCAGCAUAGAAUUUGAUUGUCGGCGAAUUUCUGUAAUCGUCCAUCCUUCUGCUAGUGAUAAGCUAGCCGUUGUUCACUCGUCUUGCUUGUUUGGGGCUGAGUCUUACCGGUCAAAGAGAGAGAAAGAGUGUCUGGCAAGGUUUCCAAUCAAAGAUUUGUGAACUGGUGUCUGGCAAACCGUGCAAGUGUUUAUACACACCCAGUUAUACGCACCUUAUAACUUCAUCUGCGCUUAACGAGUGUCUUUUGGUCCAUAACUUUCAAAACAACUGCUCCACAGAAUGUCACUGAUAACACGUAACGCAAAAGAGUAUCGAAGUAUGAGUACACAAUUAAUGUCACAAAAUCUACCUAUUGCAAACUGUUCCUUCGGGAUUUUUUGUGUUUUACGUCAUCCUAACCAUUUCGUACUUGCGGGCGCAAACAAUAGAAACGUCAUCAUUUCCACCGAUUCCUCGAGGCCCCUGUUCAAGCAUAUCGAGAUUUUUGCUAUAUUGACUGUGACUGUAUGUUUCAACUGUAAGUACUCUCCUUAAUAUACGCGCGAGUUACUAGAGUGCCUCCUCGGGAUUUCGCCUUCUGGGCGAAAUCCCUGCGGGGGCAACAACCCCCUCUUUGCAAAAAUCCUGGAUCCGCCCCUGGUUUGCGUUUACAUGGGCCCUAAGAUAAACCCAUCCAUUAGUAAAAGAUGAAUCCUGGGGUUUUGUUUGAUUCUGAUAUACCUUAAAUUCGAUUUAUUUCAGAAAUGUAAUCACGGAGGUAACAGAAACUAGAAGAGAUAUCAAUUUGCCUGGAAGGUAAUUAAUUGAACUUUAAUUUAACUCAAAAUGAUUGCUGCCCUGUAGCUAGAACUCUCAGCUGCGGCUUUCUGUCACCGCUAACUUUUUAAAAAAGCCAGACGAUAAUAAAGGUUUUUACGUCAGAAAUGCAAUAAUGUAGAAUUCCAUUCUCAAAGAGAUGUUAUGUAACCUUGCAAUACCCAACCACUUUUAAAGGUGGGUGGGGUGGGGAUGGGGGAAGGAGGAGGGGGAGGAGGAGGCUUAUCAGAGAGGGACUAUCUAAUUUAAGCGGUUAGUUUUCGAGAAAAGAUCAAGUUACAAAUUGAUUGAAAGUGAUUUGUUUUGUCAGCACUUAUGUCCAGGAUUGCACGCAGCAGCCAAAAUAGCGAUUUUUCGUGUGUUGCAAAAAAUCGCAAGUCUGACGAUUUUUCGCGCUAGUUGCGAUUUUCCGCAGUUCUUUGUCAUGCUAAUAACACUUAACCAGACCGAGCUGUGGAUUUAAUUGCGAUUUUUCGCAGUUCUUUGUCAUGUUAAUAAUCACUGAAGUCCAGAGCGAGUUGUCGAUUUGACAAAAUUUGCGAAAAUUGCGAAAAAUCGUAAGUCUGACGAUUUUUUGUGUUACUUGCGAUUUUUCGCAGUUCUUAACCAGACCGAGCUGCGGCUUUAAAAAUAUUUGCGAUAACUGCGAAAAAUCACAAGUUUGACGAUUUUUCGCGUUACUUGCGAUUUCUCGCAGUUCUGCGUCAUGUUAAUAAUAAUAAUAAUAAUAAUAAUAACAAUAAUUUAAUUCUUAUAUUGCGCGCUUUCCAUGAAAUGUUCAAGCGCGCAUUACAUGAUUUCUAUCUAUAAUAAUUUAAUACAGGGUAUCUAACUCAUAAAUAUUUAAAAUAUCUUAUGAUAAAAUUAAAAUACACAACAUAUGUUAAGAUACUAGUAAUUAUCGUGAUAAAAAUUAAUAAAAAGCUUCCCUAAAGAGGUGCGUUUUCAGAUGGCACUUAAAAAUCCCUAGAUCUGUAAUAGAACGAAUCUCACGCGGUAAUACAUUCCAGCGUGCCGGAGCUGCGACCUGGAAUGAUCUGUCUCCUAAUGUAAUCAGUUCACUUUCCUCGUGUUCGUGAUCACUUAAAACAAAGCCGUUUGCCGAUUUUACCAAAUUUGCUAUAACUCCGAAAAGUUUCCGCUUCCCUUGCCAUUUUGGCAUUUCCCUGUCAGCGCAAUUAAAGCAUACAGUAAAAACCCGCGAGUAAGAACCUACAUUUUCUGGAGUUAGCCUAGACAGGUUCUUAUAACACAAUUUUCGGCUAUAUAGGUUCUUAAAUAGGUUCUUAUUCAAAAAAAAGCUACAAAACAAGAUGGUAAUUAUCAGCCUAUUUUUCAAUUUCAAAAUGCGAUACAACAAUAUUAACCUCUUGCACUCUAUUGUUUUAUUACAUCAAUAAAGUAGCACUUUUAUUUGCACAGCAAUGCCAAGCUCUUAAUUCUCCAAACAGGAUUCUUGCACAGCUUUGCAACUACAUUUCACUAAUCGCGCUAGAAAAGUCUCUGGCACCCAGGGUAUCAAUAAAAAGAACCUGUUUUUAAUUUUCUAGGCUAAACAGGUUCUUGUUUAUAGGGGGUAUAAGUGGCAAAUUUUAGGGUAACAGGUUCUUGAUUGUCAGGUUCUUACUUGCGGGUUUUUGCUGUAUCUACACGCAAAAGCCAAGGCAGCCAAUGUUUAAAUAAAGGUUUGUUAUCUAAAGGUUCGAGUGAUAUUCGUGAGAUUCCAUUGUAUUUCAAGUUUCAUCAUUUUAUGCCUUCUUUAAACUAGGAGUUUUCGAACAAGGGAUCAACAUCAUUAAUGUAUUUUGCAACUGGUCAAAGUUAUUUAUUCACAUUACAUCUUAAAUACAGCAUCAUUCACUUCAACGUAACAAUUAUUUUCAAUAGUACAUCUAAAUUACGGGGUCGUUUUGCCCUAAAGUGGAUUCGCCCGAGGUUGCUUCGCCCGCACUUGUUAAAGUUAACCUUUAUUCAAACAUUUGUAGUCCUGCAACGGGGUUACUAUCACGCAAGAUGCCUAAAUAAAAUGAAAUAAAAUUAAAAGUAAUGACGUUAAAAAAAUUUCUACAAAAGAAAUAAUGGAUAAUUAAUUCCACAGCAUCAAUCAUUAUGCAAUAUUAAAAUUUAUCAUUGCCUAAAAUACUCAAAUAACACUUUUUUGAAACGAUCUGCGGACUCAAUGUUAACAAUUUCGCUUGGUAAUGCAUUCCAGUUCUUGGCAGUUCUACAAAAAUAACUAUUCUUAUUAAGUCUCAGUAUUUGGCAGCAGUUCAAUAAACUUGUUCUGGAUAGAGUUCCUUAAAUGUCUUCUGCGCUUCAUAACUUAGUCUUAGAAGGCCUAGCCUCCCACGCAGGCUUUUUUAGGGAAGCUCGUUUUUCAUCCCUCCCCACAAACGCCUGCUCAAUUGAAGACAACAUUCCUUUCCCAUGCUUAGCCAAUCACAUUGUACUUUCCAAAUUCUGGAAAUUUGACCUUGACCGCAGGGUAAUCUGAUAAUUACUCGAUCUGCAUGAAACACUGGGAAAGCUUCGUGGACCUCUAAUAAAUGUUAGAUUCAUAGCGGCAAAAACGAGAUUUAGUCAAAUUUUAGAAUACUCCAUACACUGCAUAACCUUAGCGAAGGAAAGAAAAGAAGGAAAACGGUGACUCUAGGGUCACGUUUUAGUCUCAUUUAGCCUGUCAACACUUUAUUGCACAACGGUUGAUCCUGUUGAUUGGUCACUUACCACGCAAAUAAAACAAUGGGAAAGGAAAACGGUGACUCUAGGGUCACGUUUUAGUCUCAUUUAGCCUGUCAACACUUUAUUGCACAACGGUUGAUCCUGUUGAUUGGUCACUUACCACGCAAAUAAAACAAUGGGAAAGGAAUGCUGUUUUCGGUUGAGCAGGCGUUUGUGGGGAGGGAUAAAAAACGAGCUCCCCUAAAAACGUCUGCGUGGGAGGCUAGGGAAGGCCAGGCCGCCAUCACCAUGAAUUGCUUUGUGGAAUAAGGUUAACCGCGAGAUUGAUUCGAUUUGACCGAUGACAAACAACACUCUACAACACCGCUUAUUAAAGAUGCUUUUUGCUUGGAUUAUUUUGCCGCCAUUACUUAAAUAGGUCAAGCGUUCUGCACGAUCUUAGAAAUCUCGACGAUUGCUACGUCGAUCUUGAAUAUAUUUUAAAUUCAUCACUGCGAAAUGUUGUGGAUCACUAUAUGCCCUCACUUUGACGCUUAUUCCUUGACAAAUCAACGUCGUGCAAAUCCAAAAGUAAUAUACCUCGGGUCUUUAAUGCUCAUCCCUAAAAUAGCUAAAUAAUAUAUUAAUAGCUCCACCAACCCCAGCUAAGCCUUCUUAAUUCGAAUCAGUCAUUCUUGUUUUACAGUAUUCGUAGACUUCGGGACUGCCACCGAAGACUAAGAACAUUUUUUUUACACCUAGUCCAUUGCCAAUUUACUUCAUUGGGGAGUAUGGAUGGCGAACAUCGGCUAGGUCGGUUGCGGGACUGAGACACCGAAAAAUGGUCAUAGUUAAACCUGAUUGCUUUAACUCACUAGCACCUUAUUUUCUUCUUUCGUGGCCUCUAUCUGAUUGCCCAAAAAGUAAUUGCUGCGGAGCGACCGAAGGGAGCGAGCAGCAACAUAAUCAGGAUUUAAAAGAAAUAUACUAGGGUAUCUAAAAGAUAGUAAUGCUGCGGCACAUUCUGUUGAUACUGGCAUUAGUUAGACGCCACUUUGUACUUUGACGGUCUCGGUAUUUUCGACUGCAUAGGCCGAGCUUGUUGAAGUAAAUGCAUGUGCGGGCAACGAACGGUUGAUGUACUGUAUCGAUGAAUUAUUGAACUGACAAUAUGAGCACCGCGAUCACAAACAAGCAACGAAGAGAAAUCUCACACCUAGAAUAUGUACUUAUUUCAAGACAUGUCCGUGGAAAUCGCUUGUAAAUCCAUGGAGAGCUUUAUCAACGCACGUUAAUACAGGACGUACUGAAGCAAAGACAUUCCUCGCUAGCUUCUUGCGAUCGUAAGGCUAGUUACAGUAGUUAACUAAUAAUCGGCGGCCAAACACUCUCUUUGACUUAACAAGAGAUAUAUUUGGAAUAGUAGAACGAAAAUCGUAAAUAGAUCGACACAGCAAAGGUACAGAAGGUUUUAUCGGCAAAACAAGUCGCUUUCCAUCGUUGUUCAACUGUCGUGUCCCUGUCGAACUGAUGAGAACUGAUAGGAUCACGUGCGUUCGGAAGCUUGAUAAUAUAGUAUGAAGCGAUGCAUCAUGGGAUAUAUGAAAUUCCCCCCUUUAUGCAAUGCAUUGUCGUAAAAAGCGAUGAAUUCGAGAAUUCGUCGCCCCUUUAUAUAUUUCCUUUAAAUCUUGAUUAUGUUGCUGCGCGCUCCCUUCGGUCGCUCCGCAGCAAUAAGGGGCGACGAAAACUCGAAUUCAUCACUUUUUACCACAAUGCAUUGCAUUUAACCACACUUUUUACCACAAUGCAUUGCGUUUAACCAGAGUGCAUUGUGCCACGAACAACUCAAAUAAAAACACGGGGAAGUUCGGUGAUUGAGAGAGUGCAUCGUUCGCUGCUCAGACUUAGAGUUUUCUUUGUGGCAAAUUUUCUACAGCACGGUUAGAGGUCUUACCAAAUUUUAAGACACGCAGGAGUCUUUCAGAUGAGUACGAUGGUUAACUUGGGGAUUGGAUUUCAAUUCAAGAGCAUUUGACUCGUCCAGGUGUUAAAUCACAGGUAACCCAGGCUCUGUGAUAGUACUACAGUACGGUUCCAGUAAAAUUACAGUGUAAAAAUAUCAUCCUAAUAUUUCUAGGAAAUACUAAAUAAAGAUCAAUGAAACUUACUCUGCAGUUAAUUGUUGUUGUCCUUAUUGCUCCAACGAAGUUUCGUGAUAAUUUGCAGUAAUUUGUUCAAAUUCACCCUAUCUACAAAAAUAGUAUAUUAUUAUUGUAGAUAGAGUGAAUUUGAACAAAUUACUGCAAAUUAUCACGAAACUUCGUUGGAGCAAUAAGGACAAUAAGACUUAACUGCAGAGUAAGUUUCAUUGAUCUUUAUUCAGUAUUUCCUAGAAAUUUUAGGAUGAUAUUUUUACCCCAUACAAACACUGUAAUUUUACUGGAACUGUACUGUGGUACUAUCACAGAGCCUGGGUUACCUGUGGUUAAACCUGACGAGAAGAUGAGCAUUUGCUCUUCGACUCCGCAACACGGGGGAUAUACAAAUUCCAGCUUGCUAGAAGGUGGUGUGAAAGUGAGAAAAUGUCAUGCAAUGCUAUUCUUAAGAAACUGUAUGAGCCGAAAAUGGAUGUGAUUUUGACCAUUCGCUUCAAAAUAACAGCCGAAAUCGAGAUAACAAAACAUAUGUUUUGUGUCCUACUUUGCAGGCGAGGACGUGUAUCGGCGUUUUGAAAAGCAUAAUUAUGUUCUUUCAUUCAUUUAUUGCCAUGGAAUAUGCGUUUACAUUGUUUUUUCACUGUUAAUAGCUCGGUUAAUGCGGCUGGCGAUCAUCUUGCCGGCGGAAGUUUCAUGGAAAAGGAAUAAGAUGAAAGACUUUUCCUAAACAUUACGUUAUCAGCCUCUGUGGUGUAGUGGUUAGGUGUAGUGGCGUCGAGCCGAAGGUGCAGGGUGCGAGUCUUACCGAAUUAUUUAUUCCUUCUUUCUUUUUUUUUUUCCAUUUUUUGUGUUGUUGUUUUCUAUAAAUAUAUAGCUAAAUAACUGUUACUUAAUAAAGUGCAACAAAAAGCAAGAAAAGUAUUGUGUUUCCAGAGAAAAUAUCGUGCACCGUAUGUUAAAUAUAUGGAUAAACGAUCUGAAUUUCUAUUAUUUCCUACAAUUUACUGUGGGAAAACCAGAGUUGAUAACCACUUGAUCAUUUUCUAAACAACGUUCCCACGAGUUCUUUCUAUAGACUGAUAGUAAUUAUUCUCACUGCCUAACUAAUGCCAGUAUCAACAGAAUGUGCCGCAGCAUUACUAUCUUUUAGAUACCCUAGUUUUAAAAAACUUUUAAGUUAGUACUGACAAUGUAAUAAAAAUGAGAACUGGUCAAUAAUUACAGGGUUCCAACAGGUUUUUGGAUUUAAACUUGAACACUUUUUGCUAUGUUUUCUUAAGGAAAAAUCAAUGUCGGGCGAAUCCACAUGUAAUCGAUGUUCUUUAUGCUCAUGGACCCAAACAACAACACUAUACAUGUAAUAUACUUCGUUCUUUAAUCCACAGCUCCCAACAAAGCUGUUGAAUACGAAGCAACCAUUGCAAUUUUAUUAAAAUUUUUGGCGACUAACGGACUGCUCACCUCGGUAGCAGUACACUUUCACGUACCAAGUCCAUUUUAAAAUUUGCAACGCUUGGAAUGUGGCCAACUUCCAUUUUGUGAAAAAAAAUAUUAAAUUCCCUGCCCAACAUAUAGCUACUUGAUGUUAAUUUGAAAAUUGUAAAAUCGAUGCAGUUCAAAAGAGUUUUAACCGACGUUUCGGUAAUGCUGCCUUCUUAGGGGUACAAGACCAAAUGAGACUAUUUUUGUACCCUGAAGAAGACAGCAUUGCUAAUACGUUGGUUAAAACUCCUUUAAACAGCGUCGAUUUUUCCGAGAUUUUACAAUUUUUAAAUCUACUUUCAUUUUGGCCGAGCGCGACCUCGGGUUUAGUUUUGCAAAAUUCAAGAUAGCGGAUCAAAGGUGAACUAAAGUUCCAUAAAAGAUGCACUGAAGCGAAAUCAAAAUUUCAGCGGGGAAUUUGGAACGCACAUACCCUAAAGGGUUUAGGCAAGACAUUCCACGAACUGAAUAAGCUGGCUGAGUCAGUUGUGAAAGGGAAUUUUGGCGGGUGUCUAGAAAACGAAGACCUACGACCUAGAAAACGACGACCUAAAAAAAAACCCGGCGGGAAGGGGGGCUUAAUAGAGUGCGAAAUGCCCCAUCCUAGUCAGGUCGCUUAACUUUUGCGGAAAUGUUACACAGCGGAUACAAGCAUCAAAAUCACCAGAUUGUUUCCUUAAUUACUAUUAAACAUUUUUCUCCGUGGAUCCACGUGGAUUUUUGCGUGCAAUUUGAAUAAUUUUUCUCGAAACAAAAGCAUGUUCAAACUCUCGGGCGCUGCUUCAGACGCCAUGUUGUUGUGGUGCUUUCAUGUUGGGACCAAAUCAGUGCUUCUUAACCUGGUACGUAUACUUGUCGUUUUGCAGUUAAAAGACAAUGUUGUUAUAUUUAGAAACCUCUAGAGGUCCAAGCUAUCAUGAAUUAUAGUGAAAUUUUGCUCAAAAGUACGGUGAAACGGGCAACAAAAAAGUGCAACUUGUUUUGUAAAAUUGGUGCUAAACGAGUUGAAUAGCAAUGUUGCACGUUUUACCACUUACGAAAAAAACCUUGCAACCUUAUUUGUUACAAGACAGGUUCGAAAGUCGGUGGUAAAACGCGAAACAUCUCUAUCCAACUCGUUUUGCAGCAAUGUUUCAAAACAAGUUGCACGUUUUUUUUGCUGCCCGUUUUAAUGUAGCUUAAAUUCAGUUUUAAUUAAUAGCCAACAUUUUAGCAUAUAUACAUUGUUAUAGAAAUUCCUUAUUUGUUUUAGCUUGUGACCGCAAAACAUGGAGCUAGACUGGAACCUAUGUGUUAUAUGCCAGAGGAAAACCUCAGAAGCUUUAAAAUUUGCUUUGGAAAACCCGGUAAAGAAAGGAAAUAAAAGAGACGCAUAUACGAAUUUUCUUAAUCACGUAAAGCAGUUUCAAGAUAUUGAUUCUUUACCAGUGAUAGUCAAAUUUGGAUGUGAUGAGACAGCAGAAAACUGCAGAAAGUCUUGCAAUGCGAAAUUUAGCAGCUGCAAACUUGAAAGAGCAAAACUGAAAAGAAAACGCAGCAGUGAUUCGACAGAAACAAGCUCUCGCGGUAAGCGACAACGGUUGAACAGUGAGGUGUGUUUUUUGUGUGAGAAAGGAGCUCGAGAAGAUGAUGGAGAUCUCCGCCAGGUGUCUACAUUUGAGACAGACGCAAAUAUAAGAACAAUAAUAACAGAGCUUAAUGAUUCGCGACUACUUGAGAGAAUAGUUAAAGGAGAUCUUAUUGCAAUCGGAGCAAAGUAUCACCUGAAAUGCUUGAUUGAAUUGAACAACAGAUAUCGCAGUCACGUCAGAAAAUCAAACAAGGAUAAGCAAAAUGUUGAUGAAAACGUGUGUAACUCCCGAGUGUUUGUUGAGCUUGCAAGUUAUGUCAAAAAAGAAGUGUAUUCUGGAAAACUCGUGUUUAAAUUGUCGGACCUGCACUCCUUAUAUGAAAGUCGCCUGGAGGAUCUAGGUAAUGCGAAAUCAGUAAACAACACCAGGCUAAAGGAGCGCUUGUUGGAAUACUUCAAGGAAGCUCAAGAACAGUUUGACGGCAGGAACACUUUCUUAGUUUUCAAAGAAGGAAUGCGUAACAUGAUUCAAGACGCCUUAAUGAAAAGGGGCUUCUCAGAAGAUGCACUAAUUUUGGUCAGGGCUGCUUCUAUAUAAGGAAAGACAUUUUUAAUCAUGAAGGCAUUCUCUUCAACGGAUCUUUUCCUGAAAAAUGUCAAGACACGUCACUGCUAUCAAGUCUCAAGAUCCUCAGAAAGAAGAGUCCUAAGCAUGCCUCACUAUUGGCCAGACCAUAGUCUUUAACGCUAAGAAACGAUCAACUGCUGAUCCAGUGGCAAAACCAAGACAUUCAUUACAGCACGAGCCACCACUCCCUGUUUACAUUGGCUUGAACAUGCAUGGCCUGACCAGAAGUAAGCAUCUUAUCAAUCAGUUACACCAGCUGGGAAUCUGCAUUUCCUACGAAAGGGUUUUACAGCUUGAAGAUUGGAUUGCUAAAGCAAUAUGCAUACAUUUUCACGAGGACGGAGUUGUAUCCCCUGUCUGCCUGCACAGCUGUCUGUUUUGGUGCUUUGGACAACCUGGACCAUAAUCCCAGUUCAACUACAUCACAAAGCUCUUUCCAUGGUACUGGUAUUAGUAUGUUCCAAUUUCCAUCCCAAAACAAGUCGGGUGAAUGUAGACCACCUUUUACGGUUCCUGCCGCUGUGAGUGGAAAGGAUGCUCAGCUACCUGAAAUCUGCACUACUGUCCCGGCUGUAGCUAUAGCAAAGUUUAACACUGUUGUCCCAGAGGUAAAGGUGGAGCAAACAAAGGUCUGCCUGGAUAAAGCCCUAGAAGCGGAAAAUGAAUGGGUGCAGAUCUCCAGCGACUUUUGAAAAAAAGAAGAAAUAGAAAGGAGACUCUAUUCAUAGGCAGCUUAUCACGCCUCUCAAAAAACGCCUACACAUGGGCUUCCAGCCUUGUGUGCAAUGCUACCUCUCUUCUAUGAGUAGUCUGCUACACCUGCAAUGAUUAAGCACGGUAUGGAUGUAGUGAAGCAAGCCACAAAUUUACUUCACCCUGGCAAAGCUGGUCCAAUGGCAUUUUCCAGCCACUCACGGCGAAGGACAGUAUGUAGCCAUGUCAGAAGGCUUGCACACAGAGAUGGCUCUUUGGAACGUACUUGGAGAUUUAAUGGAAGGCUCUGGGUGGACAUCAGCUCUAUUAAAAGCUGAAGUAUCUUCUGCCGGGACUGCACAAUCGAUGUUGAACGCAGCUCACCUUACCUGUGCCAGACACGACCACCAAGUCACACUGUUAACCUUGCAUAUCCUUCAACGCGAAGCUUUCUUAAGUUGUAUUGGCUCUGGACACGAAGAAACAGCCGAAGCCUGGAGAUUACAGAUGAUAGCUAAAAGUCCAACAUUUAUGUUCUGGGACCUUAUUUUGCGAUACGAAACUCUUAUUCUCAUCUUUGUCCGGGCUCACAGGGAGAGAAACUUUCAUUUGUUUGUGAACGUUUUGGAAGAACUACGCACUUCUGUUCUUUGCCUUAGACCAUGUCAAUUAUGCAAGGUGGCUACCCGUUCAUAUAAGAGAUAUGAAAUCUUUGCCUCGGCCAAUCAAAGAGAGUUUCAGAUUCAGGGUGACUGGGUUAUUUCGAAAACGGCCAAUACAUUCUCUGGAAUACCAUUUGAUCAAGCACACGAGACAGAAAACUGCAACGUGAAAGGUGCGGGGUUUGUAUUGGUCUUACAGAAAAUCCUGUUGCUUUGCGACGCUGGAUGCUGUCAGGACCAGAGCUGUCAAGACUUCGGAAACAGUUCGAGAGCGAAUACUUUUCUGAUAACGAUCCAGAUAAUCUCCAAAACUUUCUGAAUCAUAAGCAAGGUUUAUCAACACAGAAAACCUUCCAAAGGCAGGUCACUAGUCUCUCUAGCAUCAUAAGGAAGAUGAGGAACCCUUUCUUGGCCGAUUUUUCAGAUCUUGUAUCCCUAGACGGUCAAGAUUGUGCUCAUGAAUCAGUCAUAACUGCAUUGUACACCCUUGAAGACACAGGGAAGGAACAGUACAGUAACAGUAUUGGAAGAACGAAAACGAUCUAUUCAUGAACCCAUUAAAUUAAACAAGCCAGCACUAUUCAGGAAACCCAGUUCAAAUAUUAAGUUGAAGCAAGGAAAGAAGAUUAAAGCUCUUGAAAAUAAUGUGUCUCUUUUUGGUCAGUUGUAUAUCUCAAUGCAGAGCUGUUAAGGGGACUUGGAAGAAUUCUUUUCUCAUGAAGUCCAAUCCUUUCCUCCCUCAUUGUCAGAAUUCGGCAAACGUUAUCUGCGGGGCACAAAGUCUGAACUGAUAAAAUGCCUUGAGCCACUACAUAAAUCUAUGCCACCUGAAACAUUCAGCUGUAAAGUAUUGGAUGGUGCUGUCAUCAUACACUGCUUGUCCAUCGCUGGAAUUACAACAUUCAAAAAAUACGCAGAGAAGGCUUUCAUCCUUCAUCUUCAGAGUCAUCUACAAGGAACAGAAAGGUUGGACGUUGUAUGGGACACAUACAGACCGGAAAGUUUAAAGGAGUCGACUCGUCAGAAGAGAGGAAAGGGGGUCCUCAGAAAGGUAUCCGGAGAAACCAAGUUGCCACGAAACUGGUCAGACUUUCUGCAUGAUUCAUCAAACAAGAAAGAGCUGUUUGACUUUCUUACCUAUAAAGUGGCAAACUUUGUCUUCCCCGAGGGAAAGGCGGUUUACAUCACUUCUGAAGAGUCAGUGCUAAAGGUAUGUUCAUCCAGUCCCAUGCCAAACUGCAGUCAUGAAGAGGCCGACACAAGAAUUGUGGUUCAUUUACUACACGCACUUCAGCAGGGAUUGACGACUGUGUAAGUUCGCACUGUGGACACUGAUGUUGUUGUUGUCCUUAUUGGUGUCUUUCACAAGCUGUUACUGUCACAGCCCAAGGCUGAUAUUUGGGUCGCCUUUGGAGUGAGAAAGAACUACAGACAUUACAGCAUCAAUGCUCUGUCCACCAGCCUUGGCACAAAAAGGUCACAAGCACUACCAAUGCUUCACACGAUUUCUGGAUGCGACACAACCUCUGCUUUUUGGGGAAAAGGGAAGAAGUCGUUCUGGCAAGCUUGGAUGGCGUUUGAAGAGGUUACAGACACUUUUGUCUACCUAGCUUCACAUCCUUUUGAGCCUCUUGAUUCCAACUGUGAGAACUUUCGAAAGAUUGAGCGGCUGAUCGUCCUCGUCUACGACAAAACGAGCACUUCAGUUUCAAUCAACCAGACAAGGAGGGAACUGUUCUGUCUAAAGAACAUCACGAUGGAAAGGAUGCCACCGAUGCAGAAAGCCCUCCUACAACACGAAGAGGGCUGUUUACCAAGCUUCUAUCUGGAUUACAAAUACCGAAGUACAGCAGAUGAUUCCUUCCCCAAGCGGCUAUGGCUGGAGACAAGUAGACAAUGUGUGGAGCCCACUUUGGCUAACUGUUCCAGAGCUUUCUAAAGCCUGUCAAGAUUUAAUCAAGUGUAAAUGCAAGGGAGACUGUUCCAACUGCAAAUGUGGCAAAGCGAACUUGAAGUGUUCCCCGCUUUGCAAUUGUAAUUGCAAUUCGUAUUGCAGCGCUCGCAGACAAGUGAGAUGAAAGGAUAUGAAACUUAAGAUGUUCAAAGUACAUACCGAUUUACAGUAACUGUCAGUCGUAUUUUUCAAAUCAGGAGUAGUUUUAGAAACUGAUCUACGAGGAAGAAGGAGGCACUAAGAAGGUUCUUCUUUAGUUGCCCAAGUAACUAAAUUUCGAAAGUUCCUAGAUACUCCCCGCAAUUCCUAGGAAAAUAUUCUGUUUAACUGGAAUGCCUUAGUAAAACAACUUAGGACGAUCAUUUAAUUUCGCUCGAGAGCGUGUUAACUCAGAGUAAUUAAAACAGGGUAAUUAAGAUUUAUUGAACAAAAAAUCAAUUGAUUCUUUGUCAUUAAUUUAAUAAUAUUUUUAUUAUUUAAAUCAUGCCUACCCAACAAAAUUCUCUAGUUUGAUUGGCCUACGGAGGCGCUGAUUUCAGCUUAAUGAACAGUUUAAUAGAUCAGAAAGCGUCAUGCGUAAGUAAUCAAACAGUACGCGCCAUCUCGCCCACGCGCUCUUGAGUAGAUUCUUUCUAAACGACUAGCAAAAGAACUCUCGGAAAAGGUAUAUUCUAAUGUUUGGAAAGGUUAAAGUUAUGAAACAUUUUGUUAUGGUUUUGAUUGAUUGGUGAACUAAGAUCUUCGUGUUGUCCAUGCCGGUCUGUAAUCGUAAUAAUGUUUGAAACUCGUAUGACUGAAGAGCGAAUUGGACUGCAGCACUCAGUGCUAUCAUCAUUUUUCAUUACUUUAACAAACACGGAUUAUAGUUGCAUUACAAGGGUCACGAAUUUGGAGUUGUUUAAAAUUUUAGUACUUAGCGCCGCCAUUUUAAAUUUAUGCAAAUUAACCUAAUUUUUGCACGCUCUUUUUGAUGAGAUAGAGUAAAUAUUUUUGAUGGAUCCACGACUAAAUUUAAUUCUUACAUCGAAAAAAGAGUGCAUACAAAAAUUGGUGCUUGUAUCCGGCCAGUAACGAUACUGACGCUAAGCGACCUGACUAAUCCCCGGACAAAACCAAAAUAGCAUUUUCUACUAUCUAAUUAAGCUGCAAAUGUCAUAUUUAUAGCAAAUCUCAGUGUAAUCUUAUCAAACGCGCCAAACACCCACGCAAAUCGCUCAUAGCCGCUAGUUACCCUGGUCUAGUUAUAAGUAAUGCUAGGGUCAAUAGGUCUAAUUUGCACGUGAAGCACACUUUUUUGCACAUCGUAGUACGUGCGGACGAUUCUCUCAGAACAAAAUUUCUUGGAUGCAUUUUGGGCGCUUUACAUUCAACCAAAACUUUAGAAACUUUGGAAACAGCGGCAAUUGGUACAGUAUUUUCUCGACUCCCAGAAACUUUUUCGAAAUGCGAAUCAUUCAACAAGAAAUUUUAGACAUUCGGGAGCAAAGCUGAAUGCGGAAAGAAAACUUCCCGAAAAUAAUUUUCGAAAAUUUGGGUAUAUAUCGCGAAAAUGCUGUUCCAUUCGGUACUGCAUGGAAUUUGCCGAAAAUUUAAACCAGACGUUUUGAUUGAAUGGAAUGGCGCCCUUGCAAAGGUAACCAAGCUUUGCUUUGACCUAUUUAUUAUCCUGAUAUCAAUUUAAACAAAGUUCCAUCAACUCUUAAUAAUAUACACUGCCUCACUGGCGCGUCGUUUAUGGCGGGAAGUUCAAGCCCACAUAAAUCAAACAGGAAAAAAAUCAGGCGUGCCGUUUUUGUUCACAUCUCAAUACCGUAAACAAACAGUUUAUAUUUUGAAAAUAAAGAAAAAAGGGCUUCAACAUUUUCUCGUACCUUUCCAUCCAUGAAACGGCAGGAUAUCGGUAACGAGAAUUGUGAAAUAUUGUGUAGGACACAAUGAAGGUUGACAUGUCAUAAGAUUUGAACUGUAAGAUUUGAAUCGUAUCAUCCUAGGAUGGUAUAUAUGCAGUGAGAUCUCCGGUAGAACGCAAACUUUUGAAUUGUUCACAAAUUAUUACAUCAUGUGAAAUAGAGACGACGCCGCAGAGCAAAAUUAAAAAUUUCACUUAGGUUCAUCUUUAAUUCUUCCAUCGCUUUCACUCAAUGCACAAUGCAAUGUCCGAGACAAAACAAUAGUUCGUGCGACCACACUAGGCACUCUGUAACCGCUGUUUAAAAAUGCGAGAGACGGUUUUAUAAACCGCGUUAUGAAAAUAACGCAAGAACAAUAGAUGUAGGUAUCUCGCGGGGUACGUGUAACGAAGGUUUGCGUUAAUCAAUAAAUCAAUCGAGCAUUUCCGCGUAAACGUGAAACUUUCCCAAAUUUUGACUUUUAGAAAUACUUCGUUCCCCAAACCUUUUUUAAUUAACACACUCAGCGAUCUCUCAUGAAAAAUAACCCGAUAUACUUUUAAUCAGUAAACACUUUAUUGGCCACCACCCCAGCCAGUCCUAGAGGGGGAGGGUGUUUCCUUAGGAAGUGGUUAGCUCAAAUGACCACCACAAACCGCAUAAUAUCAAGCCAAGCUUUAACAAUUAUUCGAUCUAAAAGAAACACAUUUAUAAUUUGCAAUCAGAACAAACACAAAUCGUCUUAAUCUCGUAGCUAAAUUCAGAAAACUUCAAUGUAAACUUACUUCUGGGGGGGGGGGGGUCGUUACAACAGUCGCACUUUACAGGUUAGCAAAUUCUUUUAACAGAUUCUUCAGGUAAGGGGAUUUAUAGACAGACUGUAAAUUAUUUUCUUUCUCACUUCGAUUCUUUUUUUAAACACAAUAACCUAAAUACUUUUAAAUCAAUGUAUAGAUCAAUUGAUGUCAAUCACGAUUCUUGUCAUCAAAUAAAUCUAUCAAUAACAGGCAACGCCUGUUUGAUAAACGAAACAGAGGGGAGACCUCGCGUACCUUGCAUUUCCAUUUCCACUGUUUUAUUCUUUGGCUUCAUACCCUUAGCCGUUUUUUUACAAAUAAUAUUUACUAUUUUUCUGUAAUUUUCCUCUCACCCGUUCAUAAUUCCCUCCUAUCGUCCUCUUAUUUCCCGCCUUCUGUACCCCUCUAACCUCUUAAUCCUUCGAGCUACCCCAUCCCUGUCGUCGUUUUCUAGGUCAUCGUUUUCUAGGUCAUCAUUUUCUAGGUCGUCGUUCUCUAGACACCCGAAUUUUGGCGGGCGCAACAAUUACUACAGGAUCGGCGAGAUUAUGUCCUAUGCUUCAACGAAGCAUGGUCCGCGCAAAGACCUCAAUUAUUCGCCGUCUUAGUCCAAAAAUGAGCAUAGUACAUCCGUGGAUGACUUGCUUUAACCUUCCCAUACCUCAUGAGGUCUUUGAUCUCUUGAACAAGGCGGAGAUUCUUGGUCUGACAAGAUUUGGGAUAGAUACACUAGGUUCAGUGACUAUAACAUUUUCAAACCUGAGAAGAUUAUCUUAUCUCUUCGACUAGUUCGAAGAUUGUGGUGGGUUUAGAAAGCAACUUGGUAAAGGAAAAGGAGAGGCAAAGCUGAUUGUGAACUCCGAGAAGAAGGAAACAAUGGUCUACAAUGCUAAAGAGCAGAUUUUGAGAGCAAAUUUUUUUUAUGGAUACUGGAAUUCGUAUGGGAUUAGUUAGGAUUAUUCAACAAUGAAUAGAGGAUGCAAGGUUGAAUCAUAGAGUAACAAGUAUUUUCCUAAUACCUCAUUGACAAAAACCUGCCAACCUUUGUGCUUGGACGAUAACAAAAAAGACAAAAUGCCUACCACGGAUCAUUGCAAGUAUUCCUUAUUUUUUGCAAUUUUUUUUGGAGAAAUCCCAGUUUUUGCUGGGCACCCUUCUACCUCCUGUAAAACUUGACUUAAUUAAUUUUAGCAAAAACUGCGAUUUCUCCAAUUUUUCGCAACUUUUGGAGAAAUUGUAGAAAUCGCAGUUUUUGCUGGGCACCCUUGUACCUCCUCUAACACUUGUCUUAAUUAAUUUUAGCAAAAACUGCAAUUUCUCCAAUUUUUCGCAAUUUUUGGAGAAAUCACAGAAAAUGCAGAAAUUGCAGUUUUUGCUGGACACCCUUCUACUCCCUGUGCCACUUGACUUAAUUAAUUUUAGCAAAAACUGCGAUUUCUCCAACUUUUCACAAUUCUUGGAGAAAUUGCAGAAAUCGCAGCUUUUGCUGGACACCCUUGUACCUCCUGUAAUACUUGACUUAAUUAAUUUUAGCAAAAACUGCGAUUUCUCCAAUUUUUCGCAAUUUUUGGAGAAAUCGCAGAAAUUGCAGAAAUCGCAGUUUUUGCUGGACAUCCUUGUACCUCCUUUACCACUUGAAUUUAGUAAUUUUAGCAAAAACUGCGUUUUCUCCAAUUUUUCGCAAUUUUUGCUACUGCGUGCAAACUUGGACAUAUCUCUUUGUGAGAGAGUCAUCCUGAUACCAGUGAGUGUGGAAUAUUAUUGAAAACGAGUUUCUCAUACAUUGAGCUGUUGGUAAACGGGUGGCGAGCUUAUUAGAGAUAAGGGGUGGGGGGGGGGCUGAAACAUAGGGGAGGAGGAUAAAAUAUAGGAAAGCUUUAUAGAGUGAUUGUGGAAUUAAGGUGGGGCAUUUGUUUUACUUUUUUACAAAAAAUGAUUUUACGAAUUGCCUGCUUUAUUUCAUUUUCAGUGUUCCCGUUACAGCACAGCCGAGGUGAGAUCUGUGUUAUUUUAUCGGUUUUUUGUAGCAAAUGUAGUAAGCAUCUUCACAUGCAUUCAACACAGUAACAGCCAGCCUAUCACAUAGCCUAUGUUCAAGGAUUGAACCAUUAAACCAUCAAAUUGCUUUUCUAGAAUUUCUAUGCUUUUGAUCGCUUUUACUCACUCAAUCUCGUUUCUAUAUUAUUUUAAUGUACAUAUAUAAAACCUUCUGGUUUUUUCACUGAAAGUGUGUUGUCACAUUACGUUUUCCAAACUUUAUUCCAAACUCUAUUCACUCUCUCUCCCGAUAACAAUUCAAUCACACUCCCUCCGGCUUCAAGUAACAGAUAUUUUGUUUUUGACCACUUUCAGUGCACCUCCGGCUCUACCUAGCCCGCCGGUCGUGUUUAGAGAUCCUUCACCACCAAAAGAGUUUAGCUGGGUGGAAUGUUGUUUCAAGUGUGAAAGUGGUUACGAGUGGUACCAAUUAGGAGGAAAGGGUAAGUACUCGACAUGAAACAAUUAGUUAAUAUCACGGAAGCUCCAAACAUCUUGUGUUCAAUCUCCAGAAACCACACUUUUGAUUCAGUUGUCAUUUACAACACUGUCAAGUUUCUUAUACCCUCGUUAGAUAAAGACGAUUUUGUAAAACGGGUCGCCAAAGGGCUACAGUUACGUUUGGAUCGCACUAUACUCAUGCUGGGUGACGGUACCAUACAUUAUCUCUUGUUAUCUCAUGCUAUGUCGAUGUAUUUCACGAGAUCUCACGGUAUCCCACAUUAACUCACAUUAACUCACUCUAGUUCACACUAGUAGCUCAUGGAAGCACUCUCAAUUUUUAAUUAGUCACUCUCACUUUAUGUAAGCUUACGCUACACAAAUAGACUAUUUGGACGCCGUAAAUAGGACGAUAAGGAUGAGUUCAAAACGAAAUGCCCUUAACUCAUUUCGUGCCGACGAAAAUACUCGUCUGCCGAGUGAAGCGGGUCACUAAUGUGAUCACGUAAUUUAGUUGACAAAUUUCUUCCUUGUUGUUUUGCAGGUUUUUGCAUCGUCCUGCUACUUCUCUUGGCUUAUUUGAUUGUUGGAACUCUUAUUCUGGCAUAUUUCUUGUUACUUUGUGUUUUGGCGAGUUUCAGUGAGUGCGAUUCUGACGACUAGUGAUUCACCUGUGACGUCAUUUUGUGUUUUCCGAAUUUGAUACUUAGCCAUCAACCAACGAAAAAAAAAUAGAAAGCGAAGGAGAACUUGUAAAAUCAUAGUAUGGAGAAAGUAGGGUUGGUUAGAAAGUUUUGUUUCGCGCUUUGUAAGCCUGUGUAAGCCUUGCUUAGAAUGGGGUCUAUGCAGUGAAUUGGGUUAUUAGGUGAGAUGUUUCAACUCAAUUUAUAGAGCUUUGUAUCGAGACGCCAUCUUGGUUUGACAUUGAAGAUAUAGUUGCCAUCCAAUCGAUGUGUUAUCACUAGAGGGAUCGUAUACAGUUUUUAGAACUGUAAUACGUCUUUAGAUGUAAGAACCAUUCCAAAAGCAAACAUUUUUUCUGUGA